AUGAAGCUGCAUCAUAUUGCCGUCCUUGCGUCUGUGGCCACCUCAGCCGCAAGCGCCGAGCCGACGCCUCACGAUCUGGCUCUGCGCAUGCUCGCGAGUAUCGAGCAGAGAGGUCAAGCAACUCUGAAUCCAGGCGCCAGCACUGGAUUCAUCCAGCUGGGACUCUUCUGGCAGGCUCUAGCUGUUGUCACAGAGCCAGUUCCACUCUCACCAGCGAAUGAUGAGCUACGGCCACUUCUCGACAAAAGCCUUACUUCCACAAUCCCAGCUUUCGGGAAUGUUACACGAGAUGCUGAGCUCCCUCUUGAUCGAUUCUCCUUGGGCGCAGACAUGGUAGCCUCGACCUUGGACUCCGGCUCGUCGCAGUAUAGGCCUACGAUAGACACUCUCAGAGCCUCCCUUGCCCUACAACCACGAAAUCCCAACGGCGGAUUAUGGUACUACAACAACGUGAACAACCUGACUGCAUAUCAGAAUCUGAGCUACCUGGAUGGCAUGUACUCAUUUGCUCCGUUUGUCACAAUCUCUUCACAGCUCGAUGACAGUGGGUCAAAUCCCGGGGCGGCACUGGAGAUGGCGGUGCAGCAGCUUCAGAUCCUCUACGACAUCUGCCGCGAGCCCUCGGGCCUUCUGGUACACGGCUAUGAUGCUCUCAAGGCUCACCGAUGGGCCGAUGCCAGCACUGGUGCGAGUCCUGAAGUUUGGGGUCGAGCUCUCGCAUGGUAUUCGCUGGGCAUCCUGAACACGCUCGAAGUUGCCGGUCGAAACAGCGUACAGCGCAAUUCGAAAGCAUACAAGACCAUCGCGAGCUUGUUCGAGGAUGUGAUGAAUGCACAAUUGCAGGCGGCUGGGCGAAGUAAGGCUCUAACCGGCGUGCCCGGCGUCUGGCAGGUCGUUGAUCGACCGGGCGACGCCGGAAAUUUUGUCGAAGCGAGCAGCAGCUCCAUGACAGUGUACACGCUGCUGAGGGGACUUCGUCUGAAGUUGCUUGACGACGAUCGUGCGGUAUGGCGCCAACCCGGUGGCUCGAAGUGUGACAGCGGCAUCGCCGCUUUGGCGAAGGAUAUCUACCAGUCUGUCUCGAACGAGUAUCUCAUACCGUACGCGAAUGGGUCAUUGAGCUUGAACGGUACGAGUAGUGUGGCGAGUUUGAGCCCACAGAAUGUCGGGUACGAGUACUAUAUCACAAGACCUACGGAGUUGGACUCUUUGAUUGGCACGAGCGCUUUUGCACUCGCUAGCUAUGAGGUGGGCUUGCUCGACACAUAA